GUUGAGAUCGUGCACAAGGUAUCCAGCACCUUCCUAUGUACUGCCGAGCUUCAUUUUAUCUACAACUUUACAAUGCAGUUGUCAGACUUUACCGGGCUGGAGACCCAGGAUCAGGCUGCCCUGCUUCCAUCAGCGCUACUUGAGAUAGCUAUGUUUCGUCUAUUCAGUGAAUACAGAGAGUCCCCGAAUGUCUCUGGUGUUACAACCUCAAAACUGACAGAUCGCUAUUUCGCAACGAAAUGGUCCGGCAUUUUGACCGGCAGCGACCUAGAGAAUUUCGGCUUUGCGACUUCGCAUGCCCUCGUGGAUAAAAUGUUCGACUUUGGCGCCAGAGUCUCGCAGUUGCGUCUUUCUCAGAGUGAAGUCGGCUUGCUCAUGGGAAUAAUUCUAUUUACCCCAGAACGUCCCGGACUCUGUGACCCUGAAAGGAUCAAUGAACUACAGGACACGUGGGCCAACUUUCUGUGCGAGCUCUGCGAAUACGCAGGAUCACACACUCGCUGUGCACACCUGCUCCUUUUGCUUCCGCAGCUGCGAGAGUUCUGUGAGAAAUCUUUGCUGAGUAUCAACAGCCAAUGGCGUGAGAGUGACCUACAACUGCCCAACUGCACGCGCCAAUUUAUAAGUCCGUCGUUCGACGGACAUGUCCCGUUGGAUUCAAAGGCACUUUCUGAGGUUCGAGAAAACCCAAUCAGCGGCAUCGUUUCGGAAGACUAUGUCGUCUUUACUCUGUCCAUUCGACCGCAGGCUUACCCCGAGGGAUUCACGAUGGACGGAAUCGAGCUCGGUGGCAAUAACGAAAAAGCUGGCGAUCUUUUGUAUGUAGCUAUGAUGAAAUUUAAUAAUGUGCCUCAGCGUGAGUAUUUUAUCCACACAUCGACGCCAACACCGAAUCUGGCCUGGUUGGACACCACCUUAGUCCAACACAACCUAGAAUCCACUGAGGGCAACCUCAGUCACUUCUAA